CAAAGCAUACGUAAACCGGAAUAAUAAGCGGGUCAAAUAAUCCGCUGAUUUAAUUAAUUUCCUCCCUCUUUCUCACUGCUACAGUCAAAGCCUUCGCUCUCUCUCUCUCUCUCUCCUCUGAGCUUACUCAGAUCCAGGUAAGGGUUAAGCUGCAGAAACAGCUCCUUGUGAUCUCAGUUUAGUUGGUGAGGAAACUGAAGAAAGAAGGAAACACGUUGUAGUUUUAAGUUUGAUUUCAAAGUUCGAACUUUGACGCGACUUGAAUUGUCUCGUCAAUGUGUAUGUAGUAAUUCAAGUUUGUUGCUGAUCGUACGUUGUUGUAGAAUGGCUUGAAGUUUUGUAAUCUGGAAGAAGAUAAUGGAAGAAAUACAAUCACAAUCGGAUAAUUAUAGGUCUUCCUCGUCUUCAGCAAGUAGUCCAGCAAGUCGGGUACCCUCAAGUAACUUUUUCUACUUGCGCAAACCUGGCUCACUCAGACAACCCAUCUCAUUUGAAGAUUCACCUGAAUGGGAGGAUACAGAUAUUGAUGUUAGGGUGGAGGAAGGAGGUGACUCCAUCAACAUUGCAACCACUCCAGUCUCCGCAUCUCUUUCGAAGCUUAAUAGUGGGUCCUUGCCAUCCCCACCAUUACCAGAGGGUGCAAAUGUAGUAAGAAAGAUUGCAGGGGCUUCACUUGUGUGGAAAGAUUUGACAGUUACAAUUAAGGGGAAAAGAAAGUACUCUGAGAAGGUUAUGAAGAGUUCAAAUGGUUAUGCUUUGCCUGGAACUAUAACAGUAAUUAUGGGUCCUGCUAAGUCGGGGAAGUCGACGCUACUAAGGGCUCUUGCAGGAAGAUUGCCUCACUCAGCCAGAAUGUAUGGUGAGGUUUUUGUGAAUGGCUCAAAGUCACCCAUGCCGUAUGGUUCAUACGGUUUUGUUGAGAGGGAAAUCACUCUAAUUGGAUCCCUCACUGUUCGGGAGUUUCUGUAUUACUCCGCUCUGCUUCAGCUUCCUGGUUUCUUUUGUCAGAAAAAGAGCGUAGUAGAGGAUGCCAUCCAUGCCAUGUCACUGGGUGAUUGUGCAAACAAAUUGAUAGGCGGUUACUGUAAUAUGAAGGGCCUUCCAAAUGGCGAUAGAAGGCGUGUUAGCAUCGCACGAGAGCUUGUGAUGAGGCCACAUAUUUUAUUCAUAGAUGAGCCUCUUUACCAUCUUGAUAGUGUGUCUGCACUUCUGAUGAUGGUAACGCUGAAGAAACUUGCAAGUACGGGUUGCACUGUUGUAUUUACCAUUUACCAAAGCAGCACAGAAGUAUUCGGCCUUUUUGAUCGGAUAUGUCUUCUUUCAAAUGGAAAUACCUUGUUUUUUGGGGAAACCUUGGCUUGUUUGCAGCACUUCUCAAACGCUGGAUUUCCUUGUCCGAUUAUGCAAAGUCCGUCAGAUCACUUUUUACGGGCAAUAAAUACAGAUUUCGACAAGAUCAUUGCAAUGUGCAAAAAUUGGCAGGAUGAUAACGGAGAUUUUUCAUCAGUGAACAUGGAUACUGCUGUGGCAAUACGCACCCUCGAAGCAACUUAUAAAUCAUCAGCAGAUGCUGCUGCAGUUGAAACUAUGAUACUGAGACUCACAGAUAAGGAAGGUCCAGUACUCAAAAGCAAGGGAAAGGCUGGAGCUGCUACACGGGUAGCAGUUUUAACUUGGAGAUCAUUAUUAAUAAUGUCAAGGGAUUGGAAAUACUACUGGCUUCGUCUUAUUCUUUAUAUGAUUUUUACACUCUCCGUUGGUACAGUAUUUUCUGGCUCGGGGCAUUCGUUGUCUUCAGUUGCGACAAAAGUUGCAGCAAUAUUUGUAUUUGUUUCGUUUACCGCACUACUAAGCAUUUCUGGAGUACCUGCAGUUAUAAAAGAAAUCAAGAUAUAUGCCAGUGAAGAAUUGAACCACCAUUUGGGGACACUAGUCUUUUUAUUUGGACAGCUUCUCUCUAGCAUCCCGUUCCUGUUUCUCAUCUCCAUCCCAUCAAGUGUCGUCUUUUAUUUCCUUAUAGGACUGCGAGAUGAGUUCAGCUUGUUGAUGUACUUCAUGCUGAAUUUCUUCAUGUGCCUCUUAGUAAAUGAUGGGAUAAUGCUGGUGGUGGUUUCUUUAUGGCAAGAUGUUUUCUGGAGCACCCUCACUCUGAUAUGCAUACAAGUGGUAAUGAUGCUAGCUGCGGGCUAUUUCAGAAUUCGAAAUGCUUUGCCUGGACCCGUGUGGACAUAUCCAGUAUCCUAUAUAGCUUUCCAUACGUACUCUAUACAGGGGCUGUUGGAGAAUGAGUACAUAGGGACAUCGUUCGCGGUUGGGCAGGUAAGGACCAUAUCUGGGUAUCAAGCACUUAGUAGCACAUAUCACAUCUCCCCAGACAACAAUGCCAAGUGGGAAAAUUUAUUGGUCUUGUUUCUAAUGGCUGUCGGGUAUCGUAUUCUUGUCCUUGUUUUACUGUACUUUCGCGUGGGGGGAAAAAAGUAUAUACGUAAGAUUUUGAAGUGUAAUCAGGAUAGAAACAAUGCAAGAUGAAUGAAGUUGCUACCUGCCAUGAGUGUUGUAUCUCAGCCAUCGUAUUUUUGUAACUUCAAGUAGUUCUUGGCAUGUGCAAUUUUGCUUUUGUAAACCUUUAUCGUCUAUGAAUGAGAAAAUGCAUGUUUUAGAGA